ACCUACAAUCCCAGUACUUUGGGAGACUAAGGAGGGUGGAUCACCUGAGGUCAGGAAUUUGAGACUAGCCUGGCCAACAUGGUGAAACCCCAUCUCUACUAAUAAUACAAAAAAAUUCGCUGGAUGUAGUGGCACAUGCCUGUAAUCUCAGCUACCCAGGAGGCUGAGGCAGGAAUAUCUCUUGAACCUGGGAGGUGGAGGUUACAGUGAGUCAAGAUCGUGCUAUUGCACUCCAGCCUGGGUGACAAGAGUGAAACUCCAUCUCAAAAAAAAAAAAAAAAGAAAAGAAAAGAAAAGAAAAAUUGCCCCUGACCAUAUACAGGGAAUAAUAGAAGAUGAACGCCUACCAUUCUAGUCUUGGUGUGCAGCCUGUGAGCAGAAGGGGGAUUUCAGAACAGUUUCUACUUCUGUUGAGAUGGGAAACCAUAUUAACUCAUUUUUUUUUCUCUAGAUUUCAGAAGGGAAAAACACUCAGAAGUAAAUGUUGGGGAAUUGCUCUAGCACCACUGAAUUUUUUCUCUUAGGCUUCCCUGGCUCCCAAGAAGUACGCCGUAUCCUUUUUGCAACCUUCUUCUUCUUGUACACAGUGACAGUGAUGGGAAACACGGUCAUCAUCGUCACUAUCUGUGUUGAUAAACGUCUGCAGUCCCCCAUGUAUUUUUUCCUGGGUCACCUCUCUGUCCUGGAGAUCCUGAUCACAUCCACCGCUGUCCCUUUUAUGCUCGGGGGGUUGCUGCUUCCAGGCACUCAGAUCAUAUCUUUGACAGCCUGUGCUGCACAGCUAUAUUUAUACGUUUCUUUGGGUACCUCGGAGUUGGCAUUAAUGGGAGUGAUGGCUGUGGACCGUUAUGUGGCUGUGCGUAACCCUUUUAGGUACAACAUCAUUAUGAACAGCAGCACCUGCAGUUGGGUGGUAAUUGUGUCAUGGGUUUUUGGGUUUCUUUCUGAAAUCUGGCCAGUUUAUGCCACUUUUCAGCUUACUUUCUGCAAAUCAAAUGUGUUAGACCAUUUUUACUGUGACCGAGGACAAUUGCUCAAAGUAUCCUAUGAGAACACUCUUUUUACAGAGUUUAUUUUUUUUCUAAUGGCUAUUUUCAUUAUCAUUGGUUCUUUGAUCCCUACAAUUGUCUCCUACACCUACAUCAUCUCCACCAUCCUCAAGAUCCCGUCAGCCUCUGGGCGGAGGAAAUCCUUUUCCACUUGUGCCUCCCACUUCACCUAUGUUGCGAUCGGCUACGGCAGCUGCUUGUUUCUCUACGUGAAACCCAAACAAACACAGGCAGCCGAGUAUAACAGGGUAGCGUCACUGCUGGUUUUAGUGGUGACCCCUUUUCUGAACCCUUUCAUCUUCACCCUGAGGAAUGACAAAUUCAUACAGGCCUUUGGAGAUGGCAUGAAACGCUGCUAU